AUGGGCACGCGACCCGAUCCGACCAACGCCAACGCCGUCCCAGGACCCUCACGAGCACCUUCCGUCCCGUCCGCACUGUCCCAGCCCGCGUCGUCGACCACUUCGGCGCACCCCGACUCGCUUGCUGUGCCGGCGGCAGGGGCAGCACCGGGCGCUCCAGGUGCUCAGGCGGUCAGGAAGGAUCCUGUCAGGCGUGCAGAUGGUCCCAUCAUCGUCAAGACGGUGGUGGCGGGCGACGGCGUGCGCGAGGUGCCCUCUGCCUUCGAACAUUGCGAGGUCGAAGACUUGAUUACCCUCAUCGCAUCGAUGCUCGACCGCCUGAUCGAACACAACGACCGCAUCCCGCUCACGCCCAACUCGCUCACCCGUUUCCACUCCCGAGCGCCGCCCAACAUCUCCGUCCGCGACUACCUCUUCCGAAUAGCCAAAUACACCAACGUCGAGCCCUGCUGCCUCCUUAUCCUCCUCCCUUACGUCGACAAAGUCUGCACACGCAUGUCGACCUUCACCAUCUCUUCACUCACCGUCCAUCGAUUCAUCAUCGCUGCCAUCAGCGUCGGAAGCAAAGCGCUCAGCGAUGCCUUCUGCACAAACGGGCGAUAUGCACGGGUUGGUGGUGUAAGCAUAGUUGAGAUGAACCUGUUGGAGAAGGAGUUCUGCGAAGCGCUGGAUUGGCGGUUGACGACUUCCGGUCAAGUUCUCGCGCACUACUACACCUCCCUCGUCCGCUCACAUCCUUCUUAUCGCCUAUCAACCGCUCCUCUACCUUCGCCUCCUCCCCUACCGCCGAUUGUAAUUCCCCCUCCUCUCGACACCUCGCCCGCCUUCUCGCCUGUCACGCCCUCCAACCUCCCUCACUCGCUCCCAGGAGGAACUCCCAUGGACGUCGACGCGACGUCUGCGCCAGGAACGGGCGGAUCCUCCUUCCACGACGAUGCGGCCGAGAACCGUUCGCCAUCUCCACCUUCUCCUUCACCAGGCCGAUCCGACGCCUCCUCCUCCGUCUCCCCAUCCACCGGCUCCUCCAUCUCCCGCUCAACUUCCUACUCUAUCGCCUCAUCGCCCCAGCGUGGCCGAACACGAGGACGCGAACGACCUCCAUCUUCCUUCACGCUCGUCGACCCGACCGUCCCGCUUCCUCAAUCGCCCGACAACGAGCCAAUGGCUCCACCACCUCUCGUCCCACCAGAUUUGAAGCGCGCCUCCGCUUCCGCAUCUCAUCUCCCCAGUCCCGCGCGUCCACCGCACCCCCCUCCACCGCCCGAAGGCGGUCCAGGCGUCUUCUUCCCUUCCACAAACCCCUCGUCCCUCUCCGUCUCACACUCUCAUCUAUACGCACAGAACGGCGGCAAUCUUUCGCCUGCGAAGCGUGGUCGAGGGAGAUCUGGAUCGGGCGAGUCGGAGCGGAAGGGAGAGCCGGCUAGAGGAGGGCUGAAGAGUCCGCGGCUGAGCAAUGGGGCUGAUGCGGCGACGGUGAAUGGGACGCUGUGGGGCGGGACGUGCGAGUGA